UAAUCUGUGGUGCUGCUCUGUCAGUGUCAUCUCAAGUCAUUUAUACCAUUAGCAUUUUAAUAAUUUCACGAUUGUGAUUAUUAUGUUAACUUAACAUUAAAAUAGCCAAGAAUCGCAGAAAAAGUCUUAUUGGCUGUAUAAAGUUCGUGCUGCAAAUUUCGGCAAAAUAAAUUAAGGCAAUCAUGUCGGCAGAUGCUUUAGGAAAUGCGGCAUCCGAAGUUCGGGAGAAUUUGGUAACAACUGCCAUAAACUUCCUCAAAAACCCAAAUGUGAACCGAUGCACUAUGGAAAGCAAGGAGCGGUUUCUCCGAGCCAAAGGCCUCACGGACUUGGAAAUAGCCCGGGCCGUUGAGAAAUGUGGCGAGUUGUUAGAUGGACCUGCGGUGACAUCAGAGUUGAUGUUCUUCCAGCACUCUAGACAGUCAUGGUUUAGAGAACACAUCCUGCCUUUACUUGUGUAUGGCGGGUUUGCUUAUGGUUGCUACUGGCUGUAUAAAAACUGCAUACGUCACAUCCUAUUCGUCGAGGAGCCGAAACGCAAAACUACAGCCGAAUGUCUCGAGGAGGUCCGCAAAUCCUUGGAUAUACUGAACACAAGUAUGACGUCACUACGCGGAGAAAUGCAAGCAUCGGCGCAGAGUUCUUUAAGAACCCAGUUGGAUGGGCUGAAGGCUGACAUCGCUUCUGUUAAAGGAAUACUUUUAAAUAGAAACCAAUUCCCAUCAAUAAAGACCCGUUCGGAGCCUCCAUCCAUCCCGGCCUGGCAGCGCCAAUCCGAAGAAGCUACUUCCACCGAAGUGGCAGUUGAAGACAAAAAACCUCACAGGAGUCGCAGCCAACGUUCAGAAUCAGGCGGUUCUAACUCUAGCGAGGGCGAGCAGGCUACGAAGAACAGCGAUAGCAGUCUGGAGAUCAUCACAUGAACCCCAUCGCCAUGCUACCAUGAAACCGAUCUAGUCCAACUGGGUCCUGCAGAAUGACAACGGGCACCGCUCUCACUAUAAAGAGGUUCACAUCACAAAGACAUCACAUCAAUCUGAACAAUAAAAUAAACUUUCUUUGCGUUAAGGUACAGUCAACCAAUCUGAAUCCUAGGCCACUGUAGAACCCUUACACAGUAAAGGUCAAAGUGACUGCAAUAGCAAAUAAAGUAUGGUGUCAAUACGACAGGGUUCUAUAGUGGCCUAGGAUUCUGUACAAUAGGCACUGAUAGGCACCUAGUUUAAAACGCAACUGGAGUCAUUUUAUAACUAUUUGGAUCCGUAUAAUUGCUUGGGUAUGAAUUAGUACAUGAAGUUUAAGAACUACCUAGUUCUUGACUGUUCGGAUUCUCUAGAACCCUGUCGUACUGACACCGGGCUUUAUUUGCUAUAGACGUCAGUUUGACUUUUACUGUGAAAGGGUUCUACAGUGGUCUAGGAUUCAGAUUGGCUGACUGUUCAGUAAGCUGCAUUGCAUGGAGAAAUUAUGAAUAAAAAAAAGUUUUUUUUUUUUAAUAUGGGCUAAAAAUAUAAAAUUGAACCUUUUUAAUGUGGAGCAAUUUGACAUAAAUAAUGUAUCAUGAUUUCAUAAUUAAUAUAUUUCAUAGGAUUUUUAUUAGUGUUGUGAUUGGGUUAUUAUGGUUUGGACGAAAAAUUGUAUUAAAUGUAGACAGGUAGGUAUUGCCAAAAUUACAACUGGUACGAUUUGAUACAAUAUUCGACAGUAGAAUUAAUAAUUAAUUCUAGAUCCGAUAACUUAAUUAGGGUUAGUGGGGGUAAUAGGGUUUUCUGAGUCGUUUUUUAGGGUUCCGUAGUCAACUAAAUGCUUUAUUAGGGGGGCCUACACGUAAAGUGGGGAGUGUUUUUUUUUUUUUCAUUUCUACCCUAACGUUUGACGUGUGAUGUUGGAUAGGUAUUUAAAAAUGAAUAAGGAGUUUACGAAAAUCAUUUUUGAUAUUUUUAAUACUUUUGGAAAUAAUCGCUCCAAAAUGAAAAAAAAAUGUGUCCCCUCUCUAACUUUUGAACCAU